AACGCCGCGCGCGGCUCGCAUCGUUCAUCAGAGUAAACACACAAGUACGAUCUCGGACGACAGACACCUCGUGCACUGCCAAUGGCAGAUACUUAGUGACGAAUGUGUUCAAACACGAAGAAAUUAAGACACAAUAUCUUUUAAAACAAAGUGUUUAUAAAGUCGAUCGUGCAAAGGAUCGGUAAAGAGUGAUGAUAUGUGACGGGAAUAGAGAGCGACGGUGAGGGCAUCGUCAGUGAAGGUAUUGUCAAGACGCUUAAUGUGCGCGGUGCGGGCGCGUGGUACGCUCGAGGCGGCCACAAAUGAAGAAGUGGGAAGUUACGGUGAGGGUGGUAGAGAGGGAAGAUGUCGAGUGGCUCGGCCUCGAAACUCGUGAACGGUGAGAAUAAGAAGGAGAACGUUCACGGGUACGAGUACGGGAACAGGAAAGAAAACGAGAGCGGCGCUGCUGGCAGCACUGGCUCUUCCAUAGUUGCUCUUGCUGAUGGUACUAGUAACGCUACUACUAUUGUUACUAUUGUCGACGCUGGUACUACUGGAUCUAGUAUUACUAGUGACAGCGGUAGUGGUAGUGGCUGUGGUAAUGGUGGUAGUGGUUGUUCCACCAGUAGUGAUAACGGUGACAGUGGUAGUAAUAGCGGUGUCUGUGUUACCGGCUUGACCGCCGAGGGCGUCGUCGGCGUGGAAUUUUACGACGUUAAUUCCGAUCUCAAGACACCUGAGAAUCAUGAAGAUAUACGCAAUGAAAAAGAUGUGAAUUCGAGAACGGAAUACAACGAAAUUGAAUUUCAAGAUUCGUACACAAGAACGUGUAUUGAGACGCCAAUCGUCAAUCUCACCACUACUACCACUACCACCACUACUACUACCACCACCAUUACCAUCAUUGAGCACGACGAUCGAACGACUACAACCGUUCCUACUCCUUAUUACGAAGAAGACGAGGAAGAAGAUAACGAGGAGGACGACGACAACAUGGUCGCGGCGAUGAACGAACACUUGUCUACCACGUCGGCGACUAGCGGCGUUCGAAGUAACACAGUCUCGACGACCACUACCACUGUUAAUUCUGUUGUUAACCAGAAUAACAAUUGCUCCCGCAAUGAAUUCCAAAACGUUGACGAGGAUGGUAAACCAGCCGCUGGAAUACUUAGUUUUCCCUGUGAUUUUGAUCACAUGUACGCCAGCAUGACAGACAGUGGAGCUCCGGCAGCAGCUACUGCUACCUCUGCUCUUGGUGUCAGUCCUCUUCGAGGUAAUGAACCACGUCAAAACGAUCUCACAGAAGUCAAACAUCUUAAGGAGCUCUUACUUCUUCAUCUCGAUUUGAUUCAACAACAAUCUGAGCAAAUUGUCACCAAGGAUAAACUCUUAGCAGCUUUGCGACAGGAAAAUGAAACGCUUAAAUUGCGUUUGGAACGUAUGGAUAGACGUGUAAAUUUACAAAAACUUAGAUCAGAAAACAAUGAAAAUUCUAUUGUAUCAGAACACAUAGGAACAUGUUCUUCUCCAACUAUUAAUUCUGUGAAUGUGCCAUCAACUAGUGAACUUCACAGGAAUAUUCAAUCUGAGAACAAUAAUUCUCAAUACAAUGAAAGCUUUAAAAUACGUUUAAAUACUAGUGGUGGUAUUACUACUGUCAAACAGGAACCAAAUGAUAAUCAAAGUAAACAUGAAACAAAAAUAGAAACUGGUAAUGAUAUUAGAUUAGAGUGGGAAGAGAAAAAGAAAAGGAGAACAGAUUCAGCAUCAUUAUCUAGUGGAAGUAAAAGAAAAAGAGGUAUUUCAUGUUCAUCUACAAUUAGUAAUGAUACAUCUUCCACGGUACAAGAUAAGACAUUACUUCAAGAAAGCAACAGAAAAAGUGAUAGGAAAGGAAAACCAUUAACAAAAAAAGAAUCUUUUCUUACUACAGAAGAACAUUAUUAUACAGCUGUUGGAGAUAUUAAUUAUACAUUAAGUUUAAAGGAACCUAAUUUAGUUGAAAGUGAUACCUCACUAGAAGUUCCAAAUUGGAGGGUAAAAAUAUAUACAAGCUGUUACACAAUGGAAGGAACUGAAAAUCUGGAUGAUGAAAUUUUUAAUAAAAGACAUUUAAAAUUAGAAAAUGAUGAAAGAAGAAGGAAAAGAUGGGAUGUACAAAGGAUAAGAGAACAGAGACACAUUGAAAAAUUAAAACAAAGACAAGAAAGACAAAAUCAUCAAGCAACAUGUUAUAAUACAAAUCAUACUGGACCUUGUCCAUCUACUGUUGAAGAAGAAACUGUAUCAUCGCUAUGGCCUGAUAUAGAACAAAUACAAAGUCUUCAAGUGGAUUCCCAGUUACCUGUUACUGCAUUUGGUGCUCCUAUUCCUAGUUUUACGCCAAGUGAAUUUUCUUUACCUUGGUCAAAUAUGUCACGAUCAAACAGUCGUCGUCCAAAACGAUCAACAGGUAGAAGAAAAUCUACUAGAAGAUAAACUUUUACAACAGUGGACAGGACUUUUUUUGUCUUAUAAUUUUUAAUCUUUGUUAUAAAUAUGCUCCCUCAUACUUCUGUUUUUUUUCUCUUUUCUAAAAUUAUAUUCUUUUUAUUA